GCCCAGCAGCAGCGGCCUCAUUGAGGCUGCGCGGCGCUGCCGACAGAGGGGGAGGGGGCCGCGCUCUGCAGUGCUCGGCCCGGGGGGAAAAUGGCGGCCCUGAUUCCCGCGGCGACCUCAUCUCCAGCCGGCGCUUCUUCCCGUAGCAAGAAGCGCCCGGCGAGCCCGGGAACCGGCAGCGGUCCGACCAAGAAAAAGAAAGUGGCGGCGUCGAGCGGCUCGCAGAGUGCAGGUGGAGAGGUCAUGAAUGAAAAUAAAUUUCUCAACACGGACUCCAGCACAGGAUCAGUGGAAACAGCCGUCAAGCCGUUACCAUUUAAAGAUCCAAACUUCAUUCACUCCAGCAUUGGUGGAGCAGCAGCUGGCAAGAAGAACAGAACUUGGAAGAACCUAAAACAAAUUCUUGCUUCUGAAAGGGCAUUGCCAUGGCAACUAAAUGAUCCUAGCUAUUUUAAUAUUGAUGCUCCUCCAUCCUUUAAGCCUGCAAAGAAAUAUUCAGACAUUUCAGGACUUCCAGCAAAUUACACAGAUCCCCAGAGCAAGCUGAGAUUUAGUACUAUCGAAGAAUUUGCCUAUAUUCGGAUGCUCCCUUCAGAUGUGGUUACAGGAUACCUGGCUUUAAGGAAAGCAACAAGCAUUGUUUCCUGAAAAGACCAAAUACUGUUGUGUGUCACCCUGGAAUGGUGCUGGGUUUGAGAGUUAUGACAGACUGCCUGCAGGACUCCAUUGAUAUUUACAUCUGGAAGUUGUUGAUGACACAUGGAUUUGAAUGAACAUGUGGAUUUAAUUCUGACAAAUACUUACAUUUUACAUUACUUUUCCAAUUCGUAAGCAAUUUGGUUUGGUGGCCAAGAUAACUUAAGACCUUAAGGACACGGAUCAGCACCAUAAUGUCCAAGUUAUAUUAAUUUCUUUAGAGACAGGAUUUCAUUCCCACUCUAUAUAUUUAAGUACUGAUCUGGCUCAGAAGAAUAAACAGCCAGUUAAAUAAAGGAAAAAGUUCCAACACAUCUCAGCUUCCAAGACCUGCCUUGCAGAUGUGCUCUAAAUUUGGCUAUGAAGAAGCUUGUCCCACCUGUAAAAAUCCAAGUUAACAUACCAGCUAAGUGCUGCUAUUGAGAUGAAUGCUUAAGGUACAAAGCACUGUGAACAGCUUCACACAAAUAUUUGCAUUGAAGAAAGGUCAGCAUACAUAAAGGUGGACUCAAACUCAUUUUAAAAUAGCUUAAUGAGUCGAUAUAAUGGACUCAAGCCACAUCACCAGGAAACUCUUAGUUGUGACACUUGGUAAUUUUUGAGCGCUUCCUUCCACAACUCACUUGUUCUGCCUCUGCUAGUUAGUUCAUUAUUAUUACUAAUUAGUACAGAGAAAGUACUUAUUUCCCAGACUUUUUAAGGAAAAGAUGCUAUAAGAACAGGAAUUCCUCUGUCCAGUGGCAUUUUGGCACCCAGAUGGUCUUCAGCAAGGCAGGACCUCCUAGAUGAGGGCACUGACCUUUGCACUCUGAAGUAACAGGAGAGUAUGUGAGAGCAACUGAAAGUUGUCUCUCUUCAGAGAAAAGGGGAAGGAAGGAGAGCUCAGAAUCUUGCUGGGAUUGACAGGUACUUGCUGACAUCAGAAACAAUCAUGAUUUUCUGAAACUAAGAUUGAGGGGGAAGUGGGCAGUCCUCACUUCAUCCAGGUUCCAUCAUGGACACUAUGACAUUAUGCAAGUCCCAUCUUUGAGGGCACAAGGAGCACGCAGUGGGGGCUACUUAAUGUCUAAACUGCAUCUUCCACACACAUUUCUAUAGCAAUGGUAGUUUUUGGUACAGACAUUUUCUCGUAAGAAUAAGUAAUGCUAGUUUAAUCUCAACUCUAAAACAGGAAAAAUCACUUAACAAUGGGUUACAUUGUUCAAUGUGUGACUCGGUCCUUGUUUUUUGUGAUCUAAUAUUUACAAAAACAAAGUAAUUUGAAAAGUCUUUGACAUGCUUACAAUAGAUCCAUCAAAGAUCUGGGUACUAGAUAAUGCUGCAACUGUAUCAUAGAACAAAAAAUAAUAGGACAGGAUAUCUCUCUUCAUACCAGUAGGCAUCCAAGCCACAUUCUCUUUGCAUUUGAGUUUUGUAAUGGCUAUUUUAACAGAAGAUAAGUUUAUCAGAUAAGCUUAACAUUGAUAUUGAAAGCAAACAUAGAACUGCUCUAAGAUCACUUUUGCUUUAAGUAAACAGACACUAGCUUAGAAAAUGAGAUUUCACCAACUUGUUCUCUCCCACAAGUAUUUUCAGCAUUCUUUGGGAAUGACUGUUGAGAAGCACAGGCUCCCUCCCUAUCAGAAGUGUUCCAGGCACUCCUGCAUUGGAUGCAGAAUCAUUUACUUUUCCAGUUUUUAUGCAGUCCAUUUUCAAAACUUAAGUGUCUUGAUGAAUCAGCUUUAGAAAAGUAAAUGUGGCUUAGGUUUGGCAAAAAACAUUACCAGCCCCUAAUCGCUUUCUAGCCAUGCCAUGGUUACUGGAUUCCCUUCUCAUUCCUAGUUUUUAACUUCGUUUGAUGCAGACCAUCGUAUGCGGCACUCCACUUAGUACGCUGUGCAGUAUUUGUUGAAAGACACUGAAACCACACAGUUUUACACUGAUCAACAGCAGUUUACCAUGUGCAGCAGUUAAAAUGUAUUUGUUUUAGCAGGAAGCUGAGAAAAGAUCCAUUAGCCAAUUUGUUGAUCAGUCCAUUUAAGUUCUUUUGGGGAGCAGUUUUCAGGCUGCUACUUGUAUCAGUGCCUUCUGUGAGAGAACUGCGCAACAGCAGCAUUGCUGUACAGAGCAGAAAACAUGGAUAAGUGAAGAGCUACUCAGAGUAUUUUUUAAGUAUGUGUUAUUGUCAGCCUCAGAAGAACUGAAAAUCGAGAAGUGCAUUUAUAUUUAAAAGUAAUUCCGGGACAUAAAUAAAAGAAGCUGAAUGUAAAUUGCAGAGAGGACUAAAGAAAGGCAUUUAAAAAGACAAGCAGUGACAAACACCAUUUCAGACUUCAGGAAAAUAUGUUUUGACAAAUAGUGCUGUCACAUAUGUGAAGUGAAAAAGCCAGCAGUCAUAGCAAUGACCAGUCUGUUGAUGUACAGGUGUUAAUGCCUACAGAGCAUCACCUGGGUAUGCUACAUACUACAGACAUGGACGGCUUCAGCCUGAAGCUUGUGGGGCAGUGAUGCUGGUGGCAACAUAUCCAGAGGGAAGGCGAGUGCUGCAGACAGCUGAGAGCAGCAGCUUUCCCAGCAGCUGUGGCUGCUGCCUCCACCCUUCCCACCCCUUUCCAGAUAGGAGGAUUGCCUUACCUGCCUCCUUGCUGCUUCCCUGUUAGUUUGUACUCUUUAAAAGCUCCCUGCCUCUGCCUUUUCCUCUGCCUUAGCCCCACAUCCUGGAGACCACCAAAGUGCAAUUUAAAAAGGUACUGCUCAUUUUGGAGCCCUGCCAUUUCACUGUCAUGUAUUUCCAUUUUCUCCUCUGGCAGUAUUCUGGAUCCCCACAGAAUUGCUACAUAUGGUCUUCCAUAGAUAAGAGUAGCAGAUGUGUGCUGGGAAAUGUGCCUUCAUCUUUUCUGACAGAGACCAGUAAGUAUCAAAGCUCUUACAGCACAAGGAGACUGAAAUAAGUACAAAGGAGAGGACUCGGCGCUGGUUAGGCCACACCUCGGGUUCUGUGUUCAGUUUUGGGCCCCUCACUACAAGAAAGACAUUGAGGCCCUAGAGCGUGUCUGGAGAAGGACAACAAAGCUGGUGAGGGGUCUGAAGCACAGGUCUUAUGGGGAGCUGCUGAGGGAACUGGGAUUGUUCAGCCUGGAGAAGAGGAGGCUCAGGGGAGACCUUAUUGCUCUUUUGAACUGUCUGAAAGGGCGCUGUGGUGAGGGGCUAUUUACCCUCUUCUCCCAGGUAACAGUGAUCAGAUGAAAGGUAACGGCCUUCAGUUGUGCCAGAACCUCAGGGGAGGUUCUGUUUGGAUAUUUGGAAAAACUACUUCUCUGAAAGAGUGAUGAGACAUUGGCACAGGCUGCCCAGGGAGGUGGUGCAGUCACCGUCCCUGGAGGUGUUCAAGUACCAUGUGGAUGUGGCACUGCAGGACAUGGUCACUGGGCAUGGUGGGUUGGUGGUUGGACUGGAUGAUCUUAAUGGUCUUUCCCAACUUUAAUGAUUCUGUGACUUCUUAGUAGUGAAAAAUAUCAAAGUAAAAAUGAACUAGAAAUUAGGAAAGAAGCUCAAACUCGCUGCAUAUAUAUAUAUAUAUAUAUAUUUUCCUGAAGAUGUAAGGUAGUAAAUUAACCCAGCAAUAAUUUAUUACUAUCAAACUUUAAAUUGCCUCUAAUGUACAUGGUUUACAUACCCAGACAAAACAGCACCUAGCUUUCUCGUUCUGAAACACUUCAGGGAAGAAGUCUUACAGAUGAUGUUAGGUUCCAGGAACAAGAAAACCAAAACAUAAAAACAACUGACAACUGACUUUGUGCUCUGUUAACCAAGAACAGCCAAGCAGUAUUCUGCAUUACUUCUGAACAGUUCAGUCGCCCCAGGAUGAUGAUACAUCUAUUAUUAGAAGAAAUGCAUUAUCUCCCUCAUUUUAGCGUGUGUGUCGCAAUUACAAACCGCUUCUUCUCUGCUGGGUGGGUGGGAUUUAACAGGGUAAUACAUCUUCAUGUAAUAAAGCACUGAAGUCCAUUUGAUAUCCGCAAGUGUUGCUUGGCUUGUUUUUCUAUGAUCUGAAAAGCUGUACUGAAUGCAGUCCUUUCAGUUGAUUACACUAUUGUAAAUCACAGCCUGCAGACAGCAAUCGCAAUAAUAUCUUGGGAGAUCUAAUAAUAAUAAUAACUAACUGUUUAAACUA